GUAAAAGGCAAAGGAUGGAGACUCACCACCAAACAAAGUUGAUUAGGCUUUGGAGAUAUCAAGAAUAGGAAAAGCAAGCAUGAGAAAAUAAGUUUUAUUUUGAGACCACUUUAUGACUUAAAAGAAUACCAGAAAAAAAUAAAAUAAAAUGCCAAAGUGAAGAGGAAAAGAGAAGGUUUGAAACAUGAACAUUGAGGUGUGAAGAUGACACAAGGAAUAGAUUCAAAGGCAUUGAUAGUUCUAUCCACACAGCCUGAGAUGAUGGACAAGAGAAAUGGGGUGUUGUUCUUCAAUCCCAAUUGGGAGAUGCAAUGGCAAGAGGAGGAGGGAGAUUGGGAUGGUUGCAUCUGCUUCACCCUUGCACAUCAUACACAAUACUCAUACCGUGCGGUUUGACAAAGCAGUGCGCAAGUCGGUGAGUUUUAACAACACACCGAUCAUUGUCCCACCACCGGAAGAACCACAAGAAGCAUCACCACCACCAACAAACCACCAAAAUCACCCGGAAUCCCCUAUAACCCCCUCACAACAUGUCCAUGACAAUGAUACCAUCUUAGAAACCAUAGACACAAGACCUGCACCUAAUGGUCAAGGUCAUCAUCAUGCUCAUGGUGGUAACCUAUAUGUAUCAUCGCCGUUACCUCCAGCUUGGGAUGAGAAGGAAAGACGAAGAGACUACUUCAGCAGAGAGUACCAUUACUAUCCAACUCCUCUACGGGAAGGGAUCUACAGCAUUGCUACUGAUGCUAAUCGACUUACUACGAUAUUCAGUGAAGAAAAUCCUAAUGCUUGCAGUAUUGUAUGACUAGUGUUCCUCUAAUCUAAAGAGAUAAUUGAAAAACAGGAAGAAAAUAAGUUGCUCUCAUGUACUUGAUCAAUAUUGUUCAUAGUGAUGAUAAGCAAAAUUUAUAUGGAUAAACUUUGCUUGGCUUGUUA